AUGAAAGGAUUCGCGUUGGAGCAGAUAACAGAUUUCACUGAUUUUACCAGAGGCGGCGAUUUGACAGAGUUUUUAAAGCAAACUGAUAAUGUGUUUAAUAUGAAUAACUGUCGUUCUUAUCCUGUCCGGGUCAGCCCAGAUGCACAGCACAUCCACGCCAUUCUUCAAAAACCAAAGCGGGGUCUGGUGACUUUUGACAGGAUCCAGAGAGUCGCUGUCGCUCAGAGCCCCAGCUAUUUGGACACGGGCUCCGCCCUGUCGGUUCCGAUAGUGGAGCUGUUAUAUUUAGACAGCGGCAGCAAAAACAGCUCGGCGCUGGUCGCGGUGAUUCUUCAAAACGGUAAAGCGGAGUUUUGGAAAUACUGGGAGAGAAAAGCUGGAAGGGAUUUGUUGCAAACUUCAGACGUGUGCAACAGCUCCAGCGCUAAAGUGGUUUCAGUUUGCUCCAGCGCCAAGUUCAUAAUCUGGUGUGAAGAGAGAGCCGCUUCAGAAAGCGUUUCAGCUUUCCCCGCAGCGCGUAACAACUUCAGAUACUGCAUCUGCAAAAGAACUUACGAGCGCGAGGAGCGGGGUGUCCGCUUAGGGGGUGUUAAAAUAUCCUUACACAACAGCCCCUGUUACAGGGUCCUGGCAUCGCGGGGAAAUGUUUACCUGCUGCCAGACAAUCAGGAGGCAGCCCCUGGCAACGGCUCCAAAUUCUUCCUCACUUGGUCCCCUAAACAGGACAGGAUGACUGUCAGCAGUGUGUGCAAAGGAGCACUGCUGAGCAAAACCCUGCACUCUACCAGAAGGGAUUCUGAUUACAAGACAAUGAUUUCAGAGUGCAUUGGAAUACUGGCUACAAUCAGACCACCAGAAAUCUGUUCCAUUGCCCCUACCAGCUGCGGUGGGCUGCUCUUGGUUCUCAGCUCAGGCUACAUUAGUUAA